AUUUUCGUUGCUCUCUAGCGGCAUAGCGGACUUAAGGGAUCGUCAUGGCUUGGAGGUUCCUGAGCAAUUUCCCAUGGGAAUUGGAUCCUGAUUUGUAUGGAGACAAACAUUACAAUCCUUUCACCCGUGAAUUCUAUCCCAGCUUAGAAGAUAUCGUGGGAACUCAUGUUGCUGGGUUGACUGAUGAAGACAUAGAUUCAGCUGUCUUAUUUGGAAGUUUGCGAGGCAAUGUGGUUGGAUUACGGUACUAUACAGGGGUGGUCAAUAAUAAUGAAAUGGUUGCACUUCAGAGAGAGCCUAAUAACCCAUAUGACAAAAAUGCUGUAAAAGUAAACAAUGUGAAUGGAGAUCAGGUAGGACACAUCAAAAAAGAGCUGGCAGCAUCUUUGGCACACAUCAUGGACAACAAGUUGGCAGUGGUUGAAGGGGUUGUACCUUAUGGAGCAAAUAAUGCUUUCACUAUGCCAGUACAGUUGAGUUUUUGGGGAAGAGAGGAAAAUAAGCAAUUGGUUCUGAAUCAACUAAAAAAGCAUGGAUUUAAGUUAGGUCCUCCAGGAAAAUCUUCAGAACUUGAUUUUGGGACUAGCUUGACAUCUGGCAAAUCUGGAACAAGUUACAGUGCUCCAGUCCAUGUUGCUGUACAAAUGACAACUGAACAGCUUAAAACUGAAUUUGACAAACUCUUUGAAGACCUGAAGGAAGAUGAUAAAACUCGUGAAGUGGAAGCAGCAGAGGCAGUGUUGACUCCAUUAUUUCCACAUCAGAAGCAAGCUUUAGCUUGGAUGAUUUCACGUGAGAACAACAAGGAAUUGCCUCCAUUUUGGGAAGAGAGGAAAAACUACUUCUACAAUACAAUUACAAAUUUUGCCGAAAAAAAGCGACCAGAAAAUGUGCUUGGGGGAAUAUUGGCAGAUGAUAUGGGAUUGGGUAAAACACUUACUAUGAUUGCAGUGAUUCUUACCAACUUUCAUGAUGGCAAAUCUCUUCCUCUGGAAAAGAAAAAUGAUCAGAAAUGCGUUCCUGCUGUGAAAAAUGACUUAAAAGCAUCAAAAUGCAGCUUGCAGCCAAACAGUUCUAAUACAGAGGAGGAAAGGGAUUCUCUUCCAUCUCAGUCAUCUAGGUCUUGCCCUAAAAGAAAUGUGGGAAAGAAGCCGAAGUAUACAGUAAGCAGUGACUCAGAAGCUGAAGAGCAGAAAGCACAAAACACAAAAACUAAAGUGCAAAAAACGAAAGCGGCAGCAAGAAAAAGAAGGAAAGCAGCUUCUUCAGACAUUCAGGAAGAUACAACAUUUGCUUCUGCUCUUGAGGAACCGGCUGUUUCUUCAAAAAAGGCAAAGAAAAAAGGUGUUGCAACUGUACAGCAUAAGCAAAGUGAAGAUGACAAGAAUCUAAGAGCAACAUUGAUCAUUUGUCCGCUUUCAGUCCUAAGCAACUGGAUUGACCAGUUUGAGCAACAUGUCGAUCCAGGUGUUCAGUUGAACACUUACGUGUAUUAUGGCUCAGAGCGCAGCAAAGAUCCAGCAAUGCUUUCAAGACAGGAUGUUGUAUUAACAACGUACAAUGUUUUAGCUACUGACUAUGGAGCCAAAGGUAAUAGUCCUUUACACAAAAUAAAGUGGCUGAGGGUGGUGUUGGAUGAAGGACACACAGUACGAAAUCCAAAUGCUCAACAAACAAAAGCUGUCUUAGACUUAAAUUCGCAGAGAAGAUGGAUUCUGACAGGUACACCUAUUCAGAAUUCCUUAAAGGAUCUGUGGUCUCUUCUUUCCUUUUUAAAGCUGAAGCCUUUUACAGAUAGAGAGUGGUGGCACAGAACAAUCCAGCGUCCUGUCACUAUGGGAGAUCAAGGAGGACUUAAGCGUUUACAAUCCCUGAUUAAGAGCAUUACACUUCGAAGAACUAAAACAAGCAAAGUUAAAGGGAAGCCAGUUUUGAAGCUCCCAGAACGCAAAGUAUUUAUUCAGCAUAUUACACUUACAGAUGAAGAGCGCCUAAUCUAUCACUCUGUGAAAGAUGAAAGCAUAGCUGCUAUUAGCAGGUACUUCAGUGAGGGAACUGUUUUGACCCACUAUGCAGAUGUUCUUGGUGCUUUGCUCCGAUUGAGACAGUUGUGCUGUCACCCACGUCUCUGUACAAGUGCAUCUUCAUCCAACUGUGAAGAAGAUAAUAGUACUCCUGAAGAACUGCGUGAGAAAUUAAUAGAGAAGAUGAAGUUAAUUCUAAGCUCUGGAUCAGAUGAAGAAUGUGCUAUUUGCUUAGAGUCCCUAAAUGUUCCUGUGAUAACACAUUGUGCUCACGUGUACUGCAAACCAUGUAUCUGUGAAGUCAUUCAAAGGGAGAAGCCAAAUGCCAAGUGUCCUCUUUGCAGGAAAGAAGUUGGAUUAGAACAUUUAGUAGAAUGUCCUUUAGAAGAACCUGAUAAUGGGAAAAAGGCUGACCAAGAAUGGGUAUCUAGUUCAAAGAUCAGUGCACUAAUGCAUGCAUUGUUAGAACUCAGGAAGCAAAAUCCGGCUAUUAAGAGUUUAAUUGUUUCUCAGUUCACAAAAUUCCUGUCUCUAAUAGAGAUUCCACUAAAGGAAUCUGGUUUUGCAUUUGCUCGCUUAGAUGGGUCCAUGACACGCAAAAAAAGAGUAGAGGCAAUUCAGCAGUUCCAAAGCAAUGAAGCUGGAUCUCCAACUAUAAUGCUGUUAUCUCUAAAAGCUGGUGGUGUUGGUUUGAAUCUAACAGCAGCUUCACGGGUGUUUUUAAUGGAUCCAGCUUGGAAUCCUGCUGCAGAGGAUCAGUGUUUUGACAGAUGUCACAGACUUGGGCAGAAGCAGGAUGUUAUCAUCACCAAGUUCAUUGUGAAGAACUCUGUGGAAGAAAAUAUGCUGAAAAUCCAGAAGAAGAAGAGAGAACUUGCCGCUGGAGCCUUUGGAACCAAAAAACUUUCUUCUGGUGAAACAAAAAUGAAUGAAAUUAAGACCUUGAUGGAUUUGUAAUUAGUGAUGUUAGAACUGCUCCUAACUUAGGCUGAGUUUGAUUUGAUAGUACUGUUAAGUCAGCAUGUAUAUCCAGGACUUCUGCAUUAUGACUUCGAAAGCAUGGCUAAAACUUUUCUUUAUGCCCAAAUUCUUCUAAUGCACCCUUACAAAAAAAAUCUCAAAAUGUGUUUGUUAUGAAGACAAUCUAGGCAUCCUUCAAAUCAAGGAAUACUAAGAGUAUAGAGCAACUACCUUUCUAACUAACAGUAUCCCAUAUAAUUUGUUGAGCAAAUUAUCAACAGCAACAUGCUUUUGUUCUCUGCAAUGAUUACCAGUUAGAGAAUCUCAUUUCUGUAUUUCUGCAGUUGUCUAUAACAAUAGCAAAGCUUAAAAGGAAGAUGUGCAUAGUAUAGGACCAAAAUUAAGUUCUUGAUUUUUCACGCUCAAUUGUUUGCAUCAAGUUUAAAAGUAUAAUAUGGUAUUAUAUCCUCCCAGGUUUUAGUUCAUAGCAGGCUGCUAACUUCAUGAUUUUAUGACUUCUAAACUAGUGUACUGGAGUUUAAUGUCUAAGAGUACAUUGAGUUGUCCGAUACCUUAUAGCUAGGAAACGGAAUUUGUAAGAGGCCAUUGCCCUAUGCAGGCAUUCAGAGAACACAUGUGGGCAUAAAGCAGGGAGGAUGUGCACAUAGCAGCAUGUGAAAAUGUCUAAAGGAUUCUAAACCCAUUCAGAUACAUUUGGCUUACCCUCUUGCCCUUCAGACAUUUCCACACUUAAUGUGGGCUGUGUGUGGGUUGGGGAUCUUCUUCCAGCACAGGGCUCAUGUUUAUUAGAAAUCAAGUAAACAUUUGUCUGAGUUCAUACUCUGCCUCAGUUCUCCUACCGUUAGUAAUCAUACAUUGCUCAAAAUAGUAAAAACUCAGUCAUUUAGUGUCAGUUUUAUUUCUAGGUAAAUAAAAUUAUGGUUGAUGCAGACGUUUUCCUGUCCUCUUUAACUAG